AUGAACGACGCCGACUCGCCUAUUCUCUCUUUGACUAUGCUUGGCGCCGGUCAAGAGGUCGGUCGUUCUUGCUGUGUAAUAAAGUAUCGUGGUAAAACUGUUGUGUGUGACGCGGGUGUGCAUCCUGCCCAUUCGGGUCUCGCAAGUUUACCGUUUGUGGACGAAUUGGAUUGGAGUACUGUAGAUGCGAUAUUGGUUACUCACUUUCAUUUAGAUCAUGCGGCUAGUUUGACGUACGUCAUGGAAAAAACGAAUUUUAAAGAAGGAAAAGGAAAGGUCUACAUGACACACCCGACUAAGGCCGUAUACAAGUACAUUAUGCAAGAUUUUGUUCGCAUGGCUACUGCCGGGAACGAAUCUCUUUAUACUCCACUGGACGUCUCACUCUCCCUCUCGCACAUCAUCCCCAUCUCGGCUCACCAACUCAUCUCUCCCACCCCUGGAUUGUCCUUUACACCCUACCACGCAGGUCACGUUCUAGGCGCAUGCAUGUUCCUGAUCGACAUUGCAGGCCUCCAAAUCCUCUACACGGGCGACUACUCCCGAGAAGAAGACCGCCACCUCGUCCGCGCCGAACUCCCACCCAUCCGCCCGGACCUGCUCAUCGUCGAAAGCACGUACGGAGUCCAAGGCCACGAAGCCCGCGAAUCUCGCGAGGCGCGGUUCACAUCGAGCGUGCACACGAUCGUGAAACGCGGUGGACACGUGUUGCUUCCUGUCUUUGCGCUCGGGCGCGCUCAGGAAUUGUUGUUGAUCUUGGACGAGUACUGGGCCGCGCAUCCCGAGUUGCAUGGUGUCCCGGUUUACUACGCGAGUAAUUUGGCGAGAAAGUGUAUGGCGGUGUAUCAGACUUAUAUUCAUACCAUGAACUCGCAUAUUCGCUCGAGGUUCGCAAGAAAGGAUAAUCCAUUUGUGUUCAAGCAUAUCUCGCAUUUACCCGCCACUCGUGGAUGGGAACGUAAAAUCGCUGAAGCAGGCCCGUGUGUAAUUCUAGCCUCGCCCGGAUUCAUGAGCAGCGGACCCAGUCGCGAACUCCUCGAACUCUGGGCUCCAGACGCCAAGAACGGAGUGAUUAUUACUGGGUACUCGAUAGAAGGAACCAUGGCAAGGGAUAUUAUUCUCGAACCGGACGAGAUCAAGCCAUACCGUUCGGAUGGACCUGACGGGAAUAAAAUGAUUCCGCGUAGGUUAUCGGUUGAGUAUAUAUCUUUCAGCGCGCAUGUCGAUGGACCUCAGAAUACGGAGUUUAUCGAGGCUGUCGGAGCGAGGCAUGUAAUCCUCGUGCACGGCGAACAAACUGCCAUGGGCCGUCUGCGUGGAUCAUUGCAAGCCCGAUACAAGGACAGGGACGAAGAUGUCAAGGUCCAUGCUCCCAAAAAUCUAGAAACUCUGAAACUCAGUUUCAGAGGCGAACGAGUAGCCAAGGCCAUUGGUAGCUUGGCAACCCCUCUUCCAUCAGUGGGAUCCACGCUCUCGGGACUCCUUAUCUCAAAAGAUUACUCUUACACGCUCUUGUCCACGAAAGACCUUCGCGAUUUUACGGGUCUGUCGUUGAGUACUGUUACCCAGAAACAGCGCGUCCCGCUUACCGUCGGAUGGGCUCUUGUCCGAUAUCACUUGGAGGGAAUGUUUGGAACCGUUAAAGAGGGACAGGAUGAGGAAGGUUUACCUGUCCUACGGGUCAUGAACGCAGUUGAUGUCAAGCUCGCUUCCGAACAAGAACUCGUGCUCGAAUGGAUUUCGGGCUCAAGUAGCGAUAUGAUUGCGGACGCUGCUGUUGCACUUGUCCUUGGAAUCGAUAGAAGUCCUGCAUCCGUGAAACUGACUUCACACCCUCAUUCGCACCCUCAUUCUCAUGACCCAACAACUACCGACCCCGAGAAGCACUCUGCAGAACGUCUUCAGCAUGUUGUUGAAUUUUUGGAGGCACACUUUGGAGAUGUUGAAUUUGUGGAUCCUAGUCAACAAGGAGAUGUCAGUAUGAGCGAGACAGCGGACACAAAGACCGAAAUGGAGGUUGAAUCGAAACCCGAAGCCGGCGACGCAAAGCCCGAGAACGUAGACGAAGAAACCAAGGACCUUGACAUGGACGAUGCCGAAGGUGACCAAGAUUAUAAAAGGCCUAACAGAAUGCCUAUCCCCUUGGGUCCUCACUUGCUAGUCAAAGUCGACAACUAUGAAGCGCGCGUUAGCAUUCCUUCUAUGGCCGUGUCAUGCGACUACGAUCCCCUCCGUCGCCGGGUUAACGCUGUUUUAGAGAUGGCUGUUGCUACCAUAGAUACUCUGGCCGACUCUUAUGAAGUCACCGGACAGAAUGAGGUUUCUGUACAGGCAAUUAGAGAAGACACGAAAGAGAUGAUGAUCGAAUCGAGUGCUUAA